AUGUGUGAAAAACACAGGUAUGUGUUCGAAGGAUUGACAUCUCUUGUGGAUGUUGGAGGAGGGACUGGAACUGUUGCAAUGGCCAUCGCCAAGGAUUUCCCUGACAUGAAAUGUGUUGUUCUUGAUCUUCCACCUGUGGUGGCUAACUUGCAGGGAAGUGAAAACUUGGAGUUUGUAGCAGGGGAUAUGUUUCUGAAUAUCCCCCCUGCUAAUGCUGUCUUACUCAAGUCAAUACUACACGAUUGGAAUGAUGAAGAAUGUCUGAAAAUUUUGAAGAACUGCAAGAAGGCAAUAACUGGAAGUGGAAAAAGUGUGAAGAAAGUUAUCAUUAUAGACAUGGUGAUGGAAAAUCCAGAGAUGGAUGAUGAAUCUGUCCAAGCACAGCUCUUCAUAGACAUGCUGAUGAUGGUUUUCCUGGGUAGCAAGGAGAGGAACAGAAAAGAAUGGGAAAAUCUUUUCUUAGAUGCUGGUUUUAGUACCCAUAAAAUUAAUCAGACUCUGGGUUUGAGGUCUCUCAUUGAGCUCUACCCUUAG